AGAUAAAUUGCACCACGUGUUUAAACCAAAGUUUAAACAUAACAUAAUGGUUUAUUAUUUUACAAGUGAAGUUGUACAACCACCCGUAACAUUAUUUAUGGGGAUUGACAAAUAUGAAAAUGAAGAUCUUAUAAAAUGGGGUUGGCCAGAAGAUGUUUGGUUUCAUGUUGAUAAAUAUUCUUCAGCUCAUGUAUAUCUUCGUCUUCGUCCUGGUCAGACAAUAGAUGACAUAUCUAGUGCUGUUUUAGAAGAUGCUGCACAGUUAGUGAAAGCAAAUAGCAUUGAAGGGAGUAAAAUAAAUGCUGUAGAUGUAGUAUAUACAAUGUGGUCAAAUUUAAAGAAAACUCAGGGCAUGGAAGUAGGACAAGUUGGUUUUCACAAAGAUAAAGAUGUUCGUAAAAUCCACAUUGCAAAACAAAUGAAUACUAUUGUUAAUCGUUUGAAUAAAACUAAACGUUCAGAACAAGUGAAUUUAAGAGCAGAAAGAGAACAGCGAGACAGAAAUGAACGAGAAGAUAAGAAAAAACUUUUGAGGGAGCAAAAGGAGAGAGAAAAGGCAGAAGAAAAACGAAAAAAGGAGGAAGCAGAAAUGAGAAGUUAUAAUUCUUUGUUUAAUACAUCUAAUAUGACAUCAAAUACAGAAAAUAGCGGAUAUGACUCAGAUGAUUUUAUGUGA